AUGGACACCUACGAUGUGGUAAUUAUCGGCGCCGGUUGGUUCGGCCUCUCAGCCGCAAAGACGCGGCUUGAAAUCCACCCGGAAGAGAAGCUGUUGGUUCUCGAAUCAGCCAGCAGCUUCGGCGGUAGUUGGUCCGCAGACCGGCUCUACCCUGGUCUCAAAUCCAACAACUUCUGGGGCUCCUACGAGCAUCCCGAUUUCCCCAUGCUGGAAGAGGUCUACGGAGUGAAACACGGACAACACAUUCCAGCAGCUGUCUUGCACCAAUACUUGACAGACUUUGCCAAGAGGUUUGGCGUGUACGAGCGAACAAAGUUGAACGCCUUUGUCCGGCAUGCGAAGCAGAUGCCAGAUGGCACCUGGGAGCUAUCUGCCGAGAUAUCGGGAGCCAAGACGGUCAUCAGGACUGCCAAGCUUAUCAUUGCGACCGGCCUCACCUCGCAGCCCAACCUGCCCACUUAUGCGGGUGAGGAGUCCUUCACUGGACUGAAAUUUCACGCCAAGAGCUUCUGUGAGCACGGAGAGACGGCAAAGUCGGCGAAGCGCGUCGUGAUUGUCGGCUGCGGAAAAUCCGCAUACGAUUGUGCGUAUGCCUUUGCGACCGAAGGCGACGCGCAAGUCGACCUCUUGAUUCGUCCGUCGGGUCAGGGACCGGUCUGGCUCGUCCCUGGGCAUGUUACUCCGUUCCGUCGCAUGAUGGAAGAGCUCCUGCACACGCGUUGCCUCACGUGGUUCAGUCCAACGCCAUGGGGUGCGGAAGAUGGGUAUGGGGUGGCUCGUGAAUGGCUACAGAAGAACGGUCUUGGCCGGCUCAUUACCGCUAACUGGUGGGCCAACAUGAACAACGAGGUCAUCGAAACUCAUGGCUUCGAUACCGACCCCGAGCUGUUCAAGUUCAAGCCUUGGCAGCCCGCCUUCUGGACUGGCAGCGGCGUUGGCAUUCACAACUUUGAUUCCAGCCUCUGGGAUCUGGUCAAGAAAGGCAGGAUCCGAGCACACAUUGCGGACAUCGACAAGCUAGAUGGCAGCCAGGUGUUCCUUUCAAACGGCAAGGUGCUCGAGGCAGAUGUCAUUUGCUGUGCUACUGGGUGGAGAAAGGAGUCGACAAUGACCUUCGAGGGUGUGGAGCUCGAGGGGCUAGGGUUGCCAAUUCCUGCCGAGGAGCAGGCCCGGCUCCGCAAGGAAGCUGACGAAGAGGUCCUCGAGCGAUUCCCGAUCCUGAGGAACCAGCCGGUGCUGCGGUACGAGCGAACCAAGAGUGAGCCCCUCCGCUAUUACCGAUUCAUGGUCCCCCCGUCGCAUUUCAACAGACGUAACCUGGCCUUUGCCGGGAUGGUCUCGACUACCAGCACCGCAUCAUUCGCGAAUGCACAGGCCCUCUGGAUAUCAGCGUACUUCGACGGAAAGCUGAGCAGGGAGCCGAAAAGUCAGGACGAGGUCGUCAAAGAAGUCCUGCUGCAUACGCAGUUCGGCAAGUGGAGGUACCCCUGCGGAUACGGAGACAGCCUGCCAGACUUUGCAUUCGACGCACUCCCUUAUGUGGACAUGUUGCUCAACGACCUCGGUAUCAAGAACCAUCGCAAGGGUACGACGAUGGCCGAGCUUGUUGAGCCCUACAAGCCACGGGAUUACAAGGGAAUUACUCAAGAGUGGCUCGGCGUGGCCGAUAAAUGUCAACUCGCAAAUUAG